UGAUUAGUACUGGUGGUUUGUAUUUUGUUUUGUUUAACUGUAUUUGCACUUUGUAAAGUUUAUUUUUUGUGUGUGUUAUGUACCUCACGGGCUGCCGUAGCUAAAUGAGGGCAGCCCCUAUAAAAACUGGCAGAAUCAUUGUACUAAUGAACGACUUGAAUAAACUGUCAAAGUGCUUGGCACUAUCAACACAGCGUUUCCCGGUGAAAGCAGCGAGUUUUCACGGUGACUGAAGUAAUCAAGGUGACUAUGAUGACUAUGGUGAUCAAGAUGAUUGAGUUGACCGAUGAUCAUCAAUAAACAAACCUUGAAAAUCACCCGUCGAGACCGCGCAAAUUAAUUCAAGUGUUGGGGAGCUGCUACACCCUCUUUUUACUCGGUACACGCCUCGAAACCUGGCUUGGAUGUCCCGUCAAUACUGCAGGGAACACGAUUAACCAGCAGGUGGAACCAGGAGUCAAUCAGCGGCAGAAGAAGAAGAAGAGAUAAGUGGUACAGAACAUUCAGGCAGUAGAACCAGAGCAGCCUUUCCAUAACUCUCAGGUUCAGAGCAUGAUCCAGUCCAGCAUGUCGGCAUUAAGGCCCCUGAGGACCCUUCUGUUUGGAGGACAUUACAGUCUGACCCGGUUCUGCUCAGGCUUUGUGUCCAGAAUUAGGUACAUAAACAAGCUGAAGGAGAAUGAUGCAGCAUGUCUUUCAGCACUGCAAAAUGGGCAUAUUUUCCUGUUUCAUCGUCUCAUGCCGCUGCUGCAGUGCAGUGUUCCGGAAACCUUUAGACCUAUUGCUCUCAGCUACUCAGAAGUCCAGUCAGUUCUGCAUAAAAGUGGUUCUGAUGGAUCCUUGCUAAAAGAAUCCAUUCUGAUUGGCUGCUCUGAGCAGAACCAUGCUCAGUUCUGUCUGGAUGUGGGAGAACUGGAUCCAGCAGCAAUCAUAAAGAAUUGUAAGGGAACAUUCAUGGAUCUCAGGAAAGCUUUCUUUCUCCUAGAAGGAGCUGAGGCACCUCUAGUCGCCAAAGCUCAGGCUUUGCUGCGAUGGCACCAGAUUAACAGGUUCUGUGGCGCUACAGGACAGCUGACCCAACGGAACCAGGCUGGAAGUCAGAGGACCUGCAGCAGCAGCUCUAUUGUCUACUACCCAAAGAUGUCUCCAGUGGUGAUUGUCCUGGUGUCUGAUGGGAAACGUUGUUUGUUGGGCCGUCAGUCGUCCUUCCCUCGUGGGUUGUAUAGUGCUCUUGCUGGCUUCUGUGACAUAGGAGAGACUCUGGAAGAAGCUCUGCGCAGGGAGGUAGCAGAAGAGGUGGGUUUGGAGGUACAGAACAUCAUCUACAGUUCAUCGCAGCACUGGCCAUUCCCUCACAGCUCUUUCAUGCUGGCCUGCCAUGCCACUGUUAGCCCCUCCCACUCUCAGCUGAAUGUGGACCACUUGGAGCUGGAGGAUGCUCGCUGGUUUACUGAGGAAGAAAUCACAUGCGCUCUGCAGGUAAAAGCUCCACCAUGGAGAGAUCAUCGACCUGCUGCCUGGCUGCCUCCCAAACAUGCUGUUGCUCACCGCCUUAUAAUGGAGUGGAAGGAGCAACAACACAGCAACGACACAGAAUGAUGUCUCAAUGUGUUGAGGAACAAUACAAGAACUCAUGAAAUAAAGUCCUACUGUAUUAUCCCUA